AUGCAUCCCUACAGAGGCCGUGGCGGACCUCGCCAGUCCACCCCAGCAAACGUCCAAUGUCAAAAGUGUCUCAAAAGAGAUAAGUCUACAAGCAAACCAUACGUUGCAAAUAUCAAGCUGACUCUCGCAGAACGUCACUACUCUUAUGAAUGCAAGGAGUCGGCUACGGCUCGACCAUAUGUGUCUCGGCCGUCCCGAACUCAACAGCUGCGCAACCCGAAGCUGAUGCCCAAACUGACAAACGAUACGCCAGAUGACGCGCAAAGAAAGAAAGGAAUCGCCGAUGAGGAGCUCGCGAAGAAGGAAGCUGAGCGAGCGAGAAAGAGGGAGCUGGACGAGAGAGAUGACGAACUCAUCAGGCAAACAGAGAGUAAGCGCAGACGAUCCGAGUCUGUUGACUCCGUUUCCACCAUCUCAACAAACCGCUCCGUAUCGCCUCCUCCUAGGCGGCGCUCGCCAUCUCCCGCCUCUGCUCUGCGGAGACAGAGGUCGUUUAGUCCGGAGAGCGACGACGGUCGCUCUGUCUCAGGAAGGUCAGCAGCAAGCAGACGGACUCAGUCCCCACCUCGACGCCGCCAGAGAUCACUUUCAAGGGACAGUCGUUCACCCGUUGGAACCCAGGAGCAGAACUAUCGUCAGAGGGAUGCGGAUCACGCUAGACCAACGGCCAGUGGUCAUGCGCGCUACUCGCCCGAUUCCAGGGAUUCAUCCACCUCAGGACGUGGUAUGGAUGCUGUUGGCAGCAGGAGGUCGUUGUCCCGGUCUCCCGACCGUCGUGGUGCGAGGCCACAAAGCGGCCCAAAUCGACGUGCUGGCAGAAACGACGGAUAUCGAGACGAGCCUCAGCCUACACUGGGCCGAGGUGGCGAGAACCAAAGGCAGGGUGGUGGAUCUGAGCGACAGCCAGAACGAGAGCGCAGUCUCAGUCCAUUUUCCAAGAGACUGGCGUUGACACAGUCCCUAAAUAGGUAG